CUUCACUAGCCCAGUUUAGGAGCAAAACAGUAGGACGUUAAACCCAAUUCACUUCAUUUCAUUUCCUAUUGAAAUGUCCUUGAUUUUACAGACAAAUAAUUAAAAUUUUGCCUUCAAUUUUUGAUAUUGUGUAGGGCUAAAUUUUUAAUAAAAGGUCAUCUCAAGGUCACAUGGGUCAAGUUCAAGUUAAAGUUCUCCAAAAGCUGUUUUUGAAAAUUUGGGUCAAUUUUCAAGCUCCCAUAUCUCGGCAACCGACAAAAAAUGCCGGAAUUAUCAAUGAAAGACAUAUUCAACCAAUGCCAGAAAGGCCUACAACACCACAACAAGAUGCUGAAGUUGAUAAGAACUAUGUAUGCUUCAAUGGAGUUUGAUGUAUUUUGGAAGGAAUUUUUACAUCUAUUAAAGUUUUCUAUGGUUGUAUAUAAGAGAGAAGUAGCUGUAGAAAGAACAAUAGAAUUUGUGUGUAAAUUCAUAUCAUCACCUGAUGUACCUAAACCAGUGAGUCAGUCAACAGAUACAGAGACCACUGUAACAGAUGAAGAAGGAGAAGAUAAUAUACUGCUUAAUCAAACUAUUGAAUUUUUACUGGAGUAUCACAGUGCCACUGAUAGGGCUGUAAGAUUUCGUUGUUGUCAGAUGAUAAAUAAGUUGUUAAAUAAUCUAUCACAGAAUGCUGUAAUUGAUGAUGAGUUAUAUGAUCGUAUAUAUAAUUGUAUGUUAGAAAGAAUGAGAGAUAAGGUACAUGUUGUAAGAAAGCAUGCUGUAUUAGCUAUCUCUAGAUUACAAGAUCCUACUGAUGAUAACUGUCCUGUUAUUAAAGCCUACUUGUAUUUGAUGACGAGAGACCCAAACCCAGAUGUCAGACGAGCAGUGCUUGGAGUUAUGGCCCCUUCUACUAAGACUUUACCAUUUAUAUUAGAGAGAAUUAGAGACGUAAAUGAAAGUGUACGACAGGUAGCAUUUUGUGUACUAGCAGAGAAAGCCCACAUUAAAUGUUUAUCUAUAGCACAAAGAUUACAAAUCUUACAAGAUGGUCUAAAUGAUAGAACAGCUGCUGUCAAAGAUGCAUGUUCUAAGAAAGUAUUACAGACAUGGUUACGUAUAUUUGGUGGUAAUAUAUUAGAAUUAUUAAAGAGUUUAGAUGUAGAGAAUUCGACUGAAACUUGUGAACAAGUUCUAGAUACUAUGUUUAAACAAUCUCAAGUAGCUGAUCUAGUUGCCAACUUUAAUCUUCUAGAUGAAAACUAUCUAGUGACAAUGAGUGAACUAAGUUGUGAGAGUGCUAUGUAUUGGAGAGCCUUGUUGAUGUAUGUUGAAUCACUGGGAAAAGAUUUUGAAGAAGUAUUGGAGAAUAUAUUGCCUAAUUGUCUCAUGUAUGCCUCAUAUCUUCGCAAAUAUUUAGAAGAUAAUAAAGAUAGUGAUGAUGUAGAGAAACAGUUAGAAAUAGAGUUUGUUUUACAACAGUUAUUAAUGUUAAUAGAUAGUAUGGAUCUAGCUGAUGAAGCUGGCAGGAAAGCGCUAGAGAAGAUAUUACAUGAUAUGUUGGUAAAUGAUCAAAUAGGAUGUGAUUUAGUUAAACAUAUACUACCUAGAUUACAAGCUAUUAAAACAACAUCUGAUGCUCUGGUUAAUUAUCUAGCGGAAACUAUAUCAGAAAUACGAGAACCUAUAACAGUUAUAGAGAAAGGUCUAGGUAAAGAUCAACAACGGCAGAUAGAUCUAAAGAUAGCUGGUAUACGUGUUAAAGUUAUACAAUUAAGAGAUGAAAUGGAUGAAUGUGUACAGAAACAAGAAUUUGCUCGAGCUGCUGAAUUAAAAUCUUCAAUUUCGGAACUGGAUGCUGAAAAAUCUCAAUUAUUUGAUUCAGCUCAACCACAAACAGAAGAAAUUAGAAAUGAAAAGAAUGAUCCAGCUACAUUAUUAAAGUGUUUAACUAUAAUCAGUGAAAUGUUGAAGUUAUUACCAUUAAAAACAUUAUCACCCACGUUACAGAUGAUGUUAGAAUCUCAGAUAUUACCAGGUAUUCAGAGUGAAGAUGAAAGUGUAAGAAAUGAAGCUGUAACAUCAUUAGCUUUAUGUUGUCAUCUAAAACAAGAUAUAGUUUUACUUUAUUUACCGUUAUUAAUGCAAAUAUCACAAGUUGAUACAGAAGAAGUUCGAACCAGUGCUCUAAAAUGUUUGUUUGAUUUAGUACAUAUGUAUGGUAUAAAUAUAUUAAAAGAUAAUGAGAAGAAUAUUGAUAGUACUGUAGAUAGUACUAUAGAUAUAUUUGAUGAUACUACUAUUGAAACUACUACAGACAAACAACAAGAUGAACCUGUUAAUAUAGCAGCUAAACUUAUAGCUAUACUCAGUUCAUUCUUAGAUAGUGAGAGUGUGGAGUUAAGAACUGUAGCAGCUGAAGGAUUAGCUAAACUAAUGUUAUCUGGUAGAUUAGUAUCAUCUAAGAUAUUAUCACAUUUAUUAUUAUUAUGGUGUAAUCCCGUUACCGAAGAUGAUCAUCAUUUAAGACAAUGUUUGGGAGCGUUUUUCCCUAUAUUCUCAUUUGCUGCAAGGUGUAACCAAGAAUUAACAGAAGAAGCCUUUAUGUUGACGUUAAAAACAUUGAUGAAUGCUCCAACAUCCAGUCCAUUAUCAGAUGUAGAUUUAACUAAAGUAUCUGAUAUACUUGUACAGUUAGUUAAUACAAGACGUUUAGUCCUACAUCAGAAUACAGAUACAUCCAAGAUGGAUAAUCCAGGUCAUGAUAAUGUAUGUAUUAAAGUGUGUAAUGAAGUUAUAUCAAACCCAGAUACAUUUAAUCUCAAACUAUGGACUAGAAUAUUAAAUCAGUUAGAUUUAAGUUCUGAUAAUGAGUCAAACUUGAAAGCUGUAGCUGUGUUAUGUGAACAGAUGUUAGAGGUGGUUAAAGAUAAACUUUGUGUCAAGUCUAUAAAGAAAUUUGAAGAAUCAGUAGAAGAGUUAUUAAAGAAAAUAACGGGUGUUGAAACAUGUCACUCACCGGGUAGCAGUGUGGGGGACAAAGAUGGUGGUGCUUGUAAUAUUGAUGAUGUAGAUAAUUUAUCACAAACAUUAGCUGAGACAUCUAUAUCACCUGAACAACCUGCUACAGCAACUAAAAAACCCAGAAAACCACGAGCUAAAUCAGUUAAAACUCCAGGACCUAAUUUAUUAACAGUACCAUCUGUCCAAUCAAAAUCAACAACAAAACGUAAUGCUAAAAAAGCUGAGAGAGAUCAAGAGAACCCUAUUACUGAAGCUGCUGGUGGAAAAUCUAAAGUAACUAAAAACUUAGAACCAUUACUGCUAGAUAAUAAUAGUCCAGUUAGAUCUUCUAGAUCAUCAAGAUCAGCAUUAUUUGAAGUGUCUAACUCAGAAAUGUAGUACAACCACAAUGUUCAUUAUUAAUUCACUUUAUCAUUAAUGUAUUCUCACCUUAAUAAAAAUUCUUUGGACCUCUU